UGUGUUCCGAUAUUAACUGCCAGUACUGAAAAUGUAUAGUAUAUGUGACGUGAACUAUAAAUUUUCAGUACUGCCAGUAAAAACGGAACACAGCCCUAACCUAAUCAACGGAAAAUCUCUAUAAACAUCGAUCGCUGAGAGUGAUGGUGUGCUAUCAGUCUAUCAGUCCUGUGCGCUAUCGGGAUCCGCCCGGGGAAAUUAUAUAAGAUCAUUAGCAACACUGAACACAUUACCAGGUCCAGUCCGACUGCCACUUGUCGGUACUUCAUACAUCUUUUUGCAACAAAAAUCACAAGAUUUUCUAGAUAUUAUCAUGCUGAUCUGUAAGAAGUAUUCUUCUCCAUUUCAAUUUUGGAUGGGUCCUCAACUAAUCAUCGUCAUAUAUGAACCAAAUGAAGUACAGAGAGAGAAGCGGAACUGAAAGAGAUGAUGAAGAGAUUCAGAAAAUACUUAGAGAAGAAGGAGCUGAGCCUAAGCGCAGACAAAUCGAAAAUAUUGGUUUUCGAAAACGGAAGAGGAAGAAGAAAGAAGAGAGAAUGGAAAUGGAAAGAAGAAAACAUAGAGGAAGUCAAGGAGAUAAGAUAUCUUGGCUACACGCUACAAAAAAACGGAGGCGCGGAGAAACAUACAAGGGAAAGACUACGAAGAGCAACAAUAGCAAUGAAAAGGACAUGGAGCUAGGAGAAAGAAUAUUCAAAGAAGACUUCAGAAGAAGAAUAAAAAUGUUUGAAGCACUAGUAGGAAGCGUGGCCCUAUACGGGGCAGAAGUAUGGGGCUGGAGAGACGAAAAAACAUUAGACGGAAUAAAAAGGAAAUAUGCAAAAUGGAUACUAAAUCUGGACAGAGGAACACCGAACUAUAUACUGCUGGAGGAGACAAAAAUGGAAGAGAUCAGAAUACAGGCGAUCAAAAGAGCACUCAGAUAUGAAGAAAAAGCGAGACAAUCAGCUGUUAUAUUAUUAACACCACAUAUCAUCAUAUGAUGUUAUACCAAAUGUUUUAUCAAAAUUUAAUCUUUACAGGUUCUACAGUCGAUAACACGAUGUCCAUAUUUAAUUUUAUUUUAUCUAUUUCAAUGGUUUCAUUUACUUUAAAUAUGAAACUUCGUAUCAACGUCGCUAGAAUAGCUUUCAUAGACAUCAUUCCAUAUUUCAUACCUGCAAGUUUUUCAAUUAUAUGUAAAUCAAUUUUAUUAUAAUACAUAAUAAUUUAUUUAUGUUUA